AUGGAUCACCCGCUUGUGCAACGAUUGCUCGAGUUUCGCUUCGAUUUUUCGAGAUGGUUCUCGAUCGUGACUGCGAAGAAUUUCGAUGACAAACAAGCGAAGAGUUGGAUCGGCGAUCACUUCGAUAUCACGAUACAGGCAUCGAUUCUCUACUGUUUGACCAUCUUUGGGAUCAAGUUUUUCAUGAAAAAUCGACAACCAUUCGGCUUGCAGAACCCGUUAGCCAUUUGGAAUCUCUUCUUGGCCGUUUUCUCGAUUUACGGAACAAUCCAAUUGACACCGGAGUUCAUCAACACACACAAGGAAAAGGGAUUAGUUAAUGCGUACACUCGAAUCUACAAUUUCACCGAGGGAAACAAUGGCUAUUGGGUUUUCCUUUUCAUUUGCUCGAAACUCAUCGAACUUGUCGAUACAGUGUUCAUCGUGUUGAGAAAGAAACCAUUGAUGUUCUUGCAUUGGUAUCAUCACAUUCUCACUUUGAUUUACGCUUUCUACUCCUAUCCAAUCUCUCCCGGUUUCAAUCGUUACGGUAUCUACUUGAAUUUCCUCGUUCACAGCUUCAUGUACUCAUACUACUUCAUUGCCGCUCUGAACAUCCGCCUUCCCUCACCAGUCGCCAAAUUCAUCACCUCGAUUCAAAUCUGGCAAUUCAUCAUCUCCGUUGGCGCUCUUUUACAUAACGGAUAUCUUGUCUACUUUACAGACAGACAAGUCGAUUUCGAUCCUCGUGUUUUCUAUUUGGCAACUUUCAUGGAUGUCACCUAUCUCGCUUUGUUCAUCAAUUUCUUUGUCAAGCGAUAUAUUCUCAAGAAACCGACCACGAAGAAAGACGGAGAGAAAACGAAAAAGAGGGAU